AUGAAGUCGUUCCUAGCACUCUGUGUGGUGGGAGCCGUUGCCUUGAAGCAGGGCUCGCUGAACUUGCUGAAGGUGCCUGUCACCUCCGAUAGCGACCUCGACUUCGAGGACACGCUGGUGGCGGCCCUUCGCGCCUCGAAGGGCCGGUCCAGCCCCGAGACCAAGGCCCUGGUGGAGAAGAUCCAGCAGCUCUUGACCGAUGCCAAGCCUUCGAUCAAGAAGACUUUGGAGGGCCUCCAGGCCACGUUGACCAACGCCGGCAACGCCAUGUCCGACUGCGGUGGCCUGGAGAUGCAAAGGAGCUCCACGGCCUUCGAGAAGAACUUUACGGCCAAGAGCGCAGCGCACAAGACAUGUCGGCAGACUCAAAAGCAGAACAUGGAUGCACAGAACACCUGCCAGACAGAGCUGAAAACUGUGACAAGCACUGCCAAGACGACAUGCGAAGCGCUGGAAACACUGGAGAAGACCAUGUACAGUGCCAAGGACUCUUGUGAAGUGAAGUCUGGUGAGGCUUUCGAGGAUUACCAUGCACGCCUCAUCGAGGCUUCGCAGAAAUCUUUGGCAGAGUACAAGAAGCUUAAGGAGGGAUGCGCCACAGCCAAGAAGGAGUUGGAAGACAAGGGACCCGAGUGCACGGUCGCAUUGAAAACUUACGAAACCCAGAAGCACAACUGCGACAGCGUGCAGGAUGCAAUGGAUAGUCUUUCUUGCUCCCACUACGAGGCGGCGACCAGCAAGUGCGAGGCUUCUGGAACUUGCUAUGACAAGGCUGUCUCGAAUUACGAGUCUGUCCAGACCUCUUCCCUGACCGAGUUGGACAGCUUGAAGAAGGAGUGGCGCGCCAUCUUGCGCAUGGAGUGUAUCAUUCAGGUCUUCAAUCUUGAGGAGUCCCAACGUGCCAGUGCCAUCGACAGCUGCCAGGCGAAGGAUAUGAGUGGACGGGCCGACAGCGACCUCCCGCUGCAGCUCUCCACGAUCCCGAACAAGCCCACCUGCCACGUCCCGGCGAACAAGGCCGGGAGCGCAGGCUACGUGCAGGCCAACUUCGAGGGCCUGCCUGCGGACAGUCCGGCCAAAGCGUGUGUUGCUUCCUGCUGCCAGCAGUCCAGCGGUACGUCCGGCUUGGACUUCUCGGGGCUCGGCACCUCGCCUUCUGGCGACUGGCACCUCGCCCUCAACGUCGAUACGAACGAUGGCCAUGUGGUGUCAUACGUGAACACCGCCUUUUGGGAGUCUGCCACGGACCUGGGUGGGGCCAGCGACAAGGUCGAAGAGCGCUUCACUCGGGACUACAAGGAUGUGGAGGUCUUCAACAAGGUGCAGGCCAAGCAGCUGCUGAUCGUCUGUCACAGCGAGGGCAAGGCACUUGGAUGGCGCUCUUGGAAGUUGCUCUCCACAAAGACGCUGCAGGGCUGGUUCACGAUCGGCAACACCUGCACGACAGGACUCAAAGCAGACACGAAGUUCCAGAUGGCCGCAGAAACCACAGGUGGCGACGUGGGCACGCUCGUUAAGAACGAACCCCUCAUCAAGAACACGAUUGAUGGCACCGAUAAGCUCUAUGUCAACUCAGCGCACAACAAAGGUGAUGACUUCAACCGAUUGAGCGUCAACGUCAAUGACAAUAUUCUGGGAAAUGCCGGGUCGGGCAUUGGCACCCAGUACGACGCAAACUACGAGAGGAGUCUUGACGACUCCUGUGGAAAGACAGAACGGCCGCAGGCGGAUGCAGAAAUGCGAUCGGAAAUGCAUCACUGGGGCAGCGGUGGUGGCAUGGGCGGGCUCAUUGGUUCAGAUCACACAUGCAACGGGGAUUGCCCAUGGACGGUCAGCUCGGGCUACGAUUACGACUACGCGGUCUUUGUCAUGUCAUGA